AUUGUUUGUUUAUUUAUUUAAUUUUUUUUGUUUAGUAUCGUUGUAGUCGUACUCGUAGUAGUACCACUCGUAUUGUAAGCAGAUCGAUCAGCUUCAGCUAGGUGCUAGGUGAAGGUAAAAGUGAAGCUCCAUUUAUUACCAUCAAAGAAUAACUUGAUAAAUUACCUUACUCAAAUUCAAAAGCCAUACAUUUUGGAAGAGGACUUAUAUAUCCUGAAUAUUUAUAUUCCAAAAUGGAUGAUGAAAGGUGGACUGUGAAGGACAAGAUAGAUCAGUUUCGUGGUGUGACAACACUUUUUAAUAAUGCUUACACAAACAUCAAGGAGAAAACACAGGCACAGCGUAAGAAGCUCAAUAAGGAGAUCAAGAUUUUGUCGGCGGAAAACCAAAAGUAUCGGCAACAAUACGAGGAAGUUCUCAAUGGGGACAAGACCAGCCUUCUACCGGUGCUUCACUCCCAUCCCAAACUGCAACUGGCUUUCAAAAAUCUUGAUCCACAGGGAAUAGAAGAAGAACUAAAGCAGUCAAUAUUUUGCAAGAACAAAGAGCUGGAUCGAUUGAGAUACAAAAGGAAAAAUCUUGAGGAUAUUCUACUAAGUAAAAAGCUUGAACUAGGGUUAGAAAAGAAUGCUGAGGAGGCACCGGAGAAUUUCCUUUUUGAGCAAGAAAUCGCCAACCAGAUUCAAAGUAUCAGUGUAAAACUGAACGCAGCAAGAACCACCCACGAUGUGUACGAGAGAGCACUCAAGAUUCUGGAAAAGGAUGCCAUACGGUUUGACGAAGUGCUGGAAGGUCUGAGAAAAGACUUGCUGCACCAAGGGGAGAGCAUCGUAAAGGCAGUAGAGAUUGGACAGAGUGUUUCGGAAGAGCUCAAUGGGUUGCAACGGGAGUACAGGAUCACAGAAAGAGAAGUGAGAGAUAACAUGAGACUGCGAGACAGAGCUAUACGUGAACUGAAGGCAGAGAUAGACAAUGUAAGAGUGUAUGCCUACACAAGCGGACGCAGGGAGACUGGGGACGGCGGCCAUGUGCAGUCAAACAUGAUGGACGACAAUGGACAGAAUAACAUUCACAACAUCCUGGAGUUGACUAUGAGAAAAGAACUUGCUGAAGUGGAGGGCUGCAUCAAUCAAAUCAAGGAGGCAGCAAUGGUACAUCGUGCUGUGGACAUCUUACCCAGACUUAAAGAACAAAAGAGGCAGAGAAAGAGGCUGGAGCGGCAGGUAGCAGAAAACAAAGAGGAGUUAAGUAGAAUGUUAGAACUUCACAAUCAGCUGGAUGUAAUGUUGGAGGUGGUCCUGUACCACACCAUGACAGAUGAUGCCAAGGCUCUCAAAGAGGAACGAACAAAGCUUUACAAGGCGAUUGAAGAAGUGAAUGACAAUAUGAAGGGAACCCAGGAGGAUCUGGUGCAAUUGGGCCAGAAAAUCUUGGAUGUUCGGACAGCUUUGCUAACACUCAACAUUAUGUUGGACACAGUGUGGCCAAGUGUUGGUGCUGACGACACAAUCGACUACAUCAGUGCAGAGAGUGAGAUAGUCGUAGACCCUAACACUCAGGUCAAACCGCUCUCGCAGCCAAACACCGAGGCUCUAACUCUGAUGGAGCAAGUGACCAAGAAGUUGAAGUGGCUGUUGAGUGUCGUGGAGACCUUGGACAAGACGGACAGGAAGCCAGCGCAGAGGCAGAAAUUGAGCCACAAGUCCAGCAAGGUGCAGAUAGCCGAGGAUGACGCCGACAACAUCGUGUCAGACAUGCUAGAUGAGUUAGAAGACAUGGACGACCCGUCAGUUCCCACCAGGAGGUACAUCAAAGCAGAGAGUCAGAGGAUCGUAGAUAUGUACAACGACCCGAGGGCCCUGUUUGAGGUUGCACCAAUCAAAUACAAGAAACACGCUUGCUUCUAACUGCUGAGAAUGAAACUCUCUAGUGAAAAAAUAAUCUGUUUGAAAUUUAAAAAUCUACAGUAGUUUUGGUUCUAUAGGAUGCUAUGGCAAUUCUUUUCAAAAGGAAUUUGAAAAUUCGUUUUUUGUAAAAGUUUCCGUUUGAGAUACAUUGUAUUAACAUAAUACACUUGUUUAAUUUUUAUGUAUCGUAUUAUUUUUCUAAAGGGUUUAUAAAGAGUUAUUGUUGUAAGAAAAUUGUUUAUAUAAUUACGAGUGUGUGGACUUGUUAUUAUUUGUAUUAAAAGAUUCUUAAAGCCAAAUAUUUAAAUUUGAAGUUUUCUAGAUUACCUGAUUGAAGUUGUUAAACAAAAUUUGCCAUGCAUGAAUUAGAAUCCAUUUAUAAUACUAAACAGUGUGAGAUGUCUCAGCAUUGCAUUGUGAUAUUUGGUUCAAGAUGUG